CUCAGCCUCCUCGUCUCCCCCUCCCUCCCGCUCUGGGGGAAAAGAGAAGCCACCGCUGAAGGGGUGGCUUUCGACAAGCUACACGGGCGUCUCCGGGAGGGGAACCAGACGCCCGGCCCGUUGGAGACCCCAGAGCACGGCCGACCGGUCCCAGUGGUCCCUCGCCCUCCUUCCCCUGGAGUCCUGGAGGAGCACGGAGGAGGGGUGGUGGUCUCCCAAGUCGCCAGGUUACAAAAUGUUCUCCUGUGCUUGAGACCUGCAGACUACAUGUCCUUCAAAAACUAACCAAUGGUUUUUCAUCUCCUCGAGCUACAUUAGAAGCAUAAACAUGGUGCCAAAACUCCUUACCAUUCUCUGAUUGUGGUUGCGUUGGACAUACUUCUGUACCGAAGAGAGGUACACGCUGUGGUUACUAAUUUACAAAGACUUGUGUAGGAUCAUGGACCAUUCUAAUAGGGAAAAGGAUGAAAGGCAACGGACAACCAAAACCAUGGCACAAAGGAAUGCACACUGUUCACGCCCUGCUGGUGCCUCAGCAUCUUCUGGGGUUCUCAUGGUGGGACCCAACUUCAGGGUUGGCAAGAAGAUAGGAUGUGGGAACUUUGGAGAGCUCAGAUUAGGUAAAAAUCUCUACACCAAUGAAUAUGUAGCAAUCAAACUGGAACCAAUAAAAUCUCGGGCUCCACAGCUGCAUUUAGAGUACAGGUUUUAUAAACAGCUCGGCAGCACAGGUGAAGGUCUCCCACAGGUGUAUUACUUUGGACCAUGUGGGAAGUACAAUGCCAUGGUACUGGAGCUCCUUGGCCCUAGCUUGGAGGACUUGUUUGACCUUUGUGACCGAACGUUUACUUUGAAGACAGUGUUAAUGAUAGCCAUCCAGUUGCUUUCUCGAAUGGAAUAUGUACACUCAAAGAACCUUAUCUACCGAGAUGUCAAACCAGAGAACUUCUUGAUUGGCCGACAAGGCAAUAAGAAAGAGCAUGUUAUACACAUUAUAGACUUUGGACUGGCUAAGGAAUACAUUGAUCCUGAAACCAAAAAACACAUACCCUAUAGAGAGCAUAAAAGCUUAACUGGAACUGCAAGAUACAUGUCCAUCAACACACAUCUUGGUAAAGAGCAAAGCCGGCGAGAUGAUUUGGAAGCCCUUGGCCAUAUGUUCAUGUAUUUCCUUCGAGGCAGUCUACCCUGGCAAGGACUCAAGGCUGAUACAUUAAAAGAGCGAUAUCAAAAAAUUGGUGAUACCAAAAGGAAUACGCCCAUUGAAGCUCUCUGUGAAAACUUUCCAGAGGAGAUGGCAACCUACCUUCGAUAUGUCAGGCGAUUAGACUUCUUUGAAAAACCUGAUUAUGAGUAUUUACGGACCCUCUUUACAGACCUUUUUGAAAGGAAAGGCUACACCUUUGAUUAUGCCUAUGAUUGGGUCGGAAGACCUAUUCCUACUCCUGUAGGGUCAGGUCAUGUAGAUUCUGGUGCAUCUGCAAUAACACGAGAAAGCCACACACACAGGGAUCGCCCAUCACAACAGCAGCCUCUUCGAAAUCAGACUGCGUCAUCAGAGCGCCGAGGAGAGUGGGAAAUCCAGCCCAGCCGGCAGACCAAUACCUCAUACCUGACGUCUCACUUGGCUGCAGACCGCCAUGGGGGAUCAGUGCAGGUGGUUAGCUCAACCAAUGGUGAGCUCAACGUUGAUGACCCUACCGGAGCCCACUCCAGUGCGCCAAUUACAGCUCAUGCCGAGGUGGAGGUAGUGGAGGAAGCUAACUGCCUGAAAAUGCUCAACCUGUGGUGCUGCUGCUUCUUUAAGAGGAAAAGGAAGAAGACUGCUCAGCGUCACAAGUGACCAGUGCCUCCCAGGAGUCCUCAGGCCCUGGGGACUCUGGCUCCAAUUGCACCUGCAGCUCCUGCCAUUUCUCACUGGAAAAGACUCCUCUGUGGGGGAGGGUGGAGAUCCAAACCAAAAAGAAGAAAACAGAUGCCCCCAGAAGGAGCCAGUGUGGGUGGCCAGGGCCCAGUGGGUCAGUGGCAGUCCCCACCUGUCUGAUGCUCUGAGCAGGUCCCAGAGCUGCUGCUUCUCCACUGCUUGCCCUUGGGGCUGCCUGGUUGACCUUCCUUCCCAUUGUUUACAGUGAAGGUGUCAUUCACAAAACUCAAGGACUACUAUUCUCUUCCUCCUCUUUCUUUACUCCUGGUUUUUGCCCCACCCUCAUCCCACUCCAGCUACUGAGCUAAAGGCUUUGUUACAGAAGGGGCUCAGGAGGCUGGCAGUGCUGCCACGAAGGUAAGAGGAAGACGGCAGUCCUGGACUGGAGAACUUCUCCCUCCCAGGUGUGCCUGGCAGUACGGCUUCCUCUCCCUCUCCCUCUGUGCCUGGAUGGCCCAGUAGGCCACAAGUUCAGGUUCCUUCCUUCCUCCCUUCUGUGAAGUUACACUGUAGGACACAAGCUGGAGAAGUCCGCGGUCUGCUGUCCCUGUGUGUCGGCGUUCUUUGCUCUCCUGACAAGUGAAUUCCUUUCUCAAGGUGGUAGCAGGACUUACAGGUGGUUCUGAGCAAAGGAGAGAAAGCUGGUUUUAUUGCACUUUUAAUUUUUUUUAAACAACAUGGCAGAUGCAUAUUGUGUCUGGUUAUAUUGGGGGCCUACUUUCUUCUUUUUUGAGGGGGAUGGGACAACCAAGCCAUUCAGAGAGAACAUGGGUCCAGAGGACAUUCUUGACAGAAUGAAUUGACUUGCAGCACCCAAGAGAAGAUGCCAAACUCUGUGUCAUCCCGAGUGAGUGCUCAGGGUGGCAAGUAAACAUACUUGAAUUUCCAUUUGUCUUCUCUGCUGCAGAAGAAAAUUCCCACAAGAGCCUCGUGGCCCAGUGAGCCUGCAGUUUGACAGCCCAGCCCUCCAGCAUGUGAUAUGAACACCAAGCCAGACUGUGACCAGGAGGCAUUUCAUCUCAAGAGGGGAAAUGCUUAAAAAAACAUGCAAAAUGUCUGUUUCCUCCACUGCCAGGAACUUCCUACUAGAUAGCCAUGUGACUUUCUUUUGACUUGGGGGAUAAAAUUAGUGAUUAAACAGCCACCACCAUAUUGCCACUGGUGGACACAAAGGGCAGUGCAACUGCCUUCCAACUGCCAGAGAAGCCUCAGGAUGCAAUAUCAUAGGGCGGGGAAAGGAGGAUCAGUACGUCCUGUGCGUCCCAAUAAUGAGUUGUUGCAUUUGGGCUGGCCUGUCUUAUCAGAACACAAGCCUGUGAUGGUCCAUAGCAGUGGGCUUAGAAUUUGGUACAUGGGUCUGCAGGGGACAAGAGCGUAAGGCCAGUUGGUGCUGGGAUGUUCCAGGGAAAAGGAGACAGUGAAAAACAGGUCUGAACUUGUCUUCUCCACUGAGCGUGAGCCCCUUCAGGCUGAGCUGGCUGUGCGCUAAGCCUGUUCCCCAGUACGCUUCCACCUGCCACCGAGGUGUGUUCACAGGACCUCCCCCAGGAGCAUCUGUUCCUCUCUCACAGGUGAACAGUUAGCGAGUGGGUGGGCUCGUUCUUCUCGUGCUGUAUUUUCAGAUGACUUAGUGGAUUUUCCAAACAGUAGCAUCUUACUCCAGAUGUGACAGGACCAAGAAUUAUGCACAUCAGGGAAAGAAAUUUUGUGUCGGGGAGUAGAAAGCUCACCAUGCAGGAUAAUGGCUAAUAAUUUAGUUUGGGGAUUUGUAGAGUGCAGGUAUCUUUGCUUAUGACUUACAUAGGGCUAUUUUAGGACUGGAGGAUGUGGGGACACUUUCUGGUCAUUGGCAUUUCUUGACAAGUCCCUUGAGCUACUUACCUUACAUGGAAGUAGAAAAGCAUCAUGUGAGUUGGAAUUAGCGGGCUUCCCCUGUCGGACCUUGGGUAGGGUUAUCACUUCACUGGCUGCAAAUCCACUUAGCAUAUGUAAUGAUUGUAAUCUGCCAUUUCCUUGUAAGAAAUGGUCUGUACAACAAACAGUGGCAUAGAGAGGCAGUGUCAGCUCCUUCCCAUAAGGUCUCUGAAUGUUAGUGUUUGCUUCCUUGAUAUUACCUAGAGGUUAAAGCUCAUCACUGAAAUUUUACACGGUCCCUUGUUUGGCAUUUGGGCAACUCUUAACUUUUCAUACAGAAACAUUAAAUUCCUCAUCCUGUAUAGAAAAUGUCUUUCAUAGGAGGGCAUGGGGAAAUAGUGGCAAAGCCUGGAGCAUCCUGGCACUCUACUCCACUAAGUGCCUCCCCCCCCCUCCUCGAUAAAGCAAAGGCAGUGGCCAGCCUGGCUGCAGGGUAGGGUGCCCUGCAACUGUGCUUAGGACCUUUUGUCUUAAACAGUUUUGUAGCCUAGCUCUUGAGGGGUUAAAGCUGAGCAGUUGGGGUGGGGGUGGGUCUUUCCUAGUGCACUGUUCCCAUCCCACCCCCCAGAUCCUUUAUGAGACAUUGGGUGUUUGUAGACAGGUGAGCCCCAGGUCACCUCAGCAUGCAGCAUAGUAGGAAUCCUUUCAAGGCCAUUAGCACUCUUUAAGGGGUCCUAGACCUGAGAGUGUUAUGAUCAUCCUUAAAAUUAAAAUAGCAAAGAACCAAGUGUCCCAGAAACAAUUUGGCCAUCAUUUAGUUUUGCCAAUUAGGGCUCCUCCAUGGCAUGUCUCAGCCAGAUCCUAGGACCCAUCUUCCCUGUCCCCAAGGCCAUUUGCUCCACCUCACAGUGGGUCGCCUGAGGAUUAUUUUCUUUGGAUGAUGCAAUCAUUUUUACUUAAAGCAAACUCAUUUUUGAGGCAGGGUCUCAUUCUACCCAAGACUGAUCUGGAACUCACUCUAGCCUAGGUUGGCCUCAAACUCAUGAGUACUGGAAUUAAAGGCACAGGCCACCAUCUUUUUAUUGAAAUACAUACUACUCUACAUUAGGAUUUUCUCUAGUCCUGCCUUCCCCCAGGCAUUGCAGUCUGAACACACUGAGGUAAACAGGUCAGGAUCACACCAAAGUGUGAAUUCUCCACUUGUGACUAGACCACAACUUGUGCCUGGGACAUCAUGCAGGAGUGGAUCUGCUGGGCCACAUGCCUUGGCACUUUCCAGAAUUCCUGUUCCAGACAGCCCCACAAGGGUGGACUGAGUAUCUCAGCAGCUAGUGAGCAUAUAUAACUGCCUUAACAUUCUUUUGUUUUGGGUGUGCCUGGGAAGGUGUAAGUCAGGUGACCAGGUAAACCUCCAGUUAAAAUAUCCUUGGAAUAAGAAGCGCACGCCUUUUGUCCUAGCACUUGGGAGGCAGAGGUAUGAGGAUCGCCAUGAGUUUGAGGCCAUCCUGAGACUCCAUAGUGAAUUGUAGGUCAGCCUGGGCUAGAAUGAGACCCUACCUCAACCCCCCCCCCAAAAAAAAUAUAUAUAUGUCCUUGGAAUAAACUGCAGGCGAUAACAAGCAUCCUAAGGUUUCUAGUAGAAGUGUUAAUUUCCUGUUCAUUCUUCAUGAAAGCCAAGUACUGAGAAAUAGGUCAUGCCUUUAGCCAGAGGGAGCAUUCAUUUUUUGUAAAGUAACUUGCAGUUCAGAGGAAAAGGAUGUCCAUAGUGCUUAUUCAGUGUUGAUUUUCAGUGUUAGUAAUUAUUAUUAAUGCCAGAAGUAUGCAAUGAUGGGAAUGUGAUGUUAAAGUGGUCCUUACUGACCAUAGCCUAACUUUUUUAAUAAUGUAAGAGAGAAUCUAUUCCCCUCCAAGUGAGCAAGCAUGGCUGUAUUUCCCAAGAACAGCUUCUCCCACAGAAACCUAGCAGGCAUCUCCUCAAAGGAACCUGAUCUUUCUUCCUGUGCACCCUUCCCAAGCUCACAUGCCUCCUGGGUCCCAGCCACCUCUUCCAUGUCCAUACUGGAACCAGUUUUCCUUUGUCAUUGAGUUGCUGUGACCAUGUUGUGUCUGGCAUGAGAUUCAUGCUGGGGCUUGAGUAUUUAGACUAGUUUUGCAAGACCAUACAGCCAAGAUUGCCUUUACCAGGCCACUGCCAGUAUCCCACCAUUGCCCCGAGGUGGGCGGACGAUUUCCAGAGACACUCAGGGAUCCAGGAUAACUAGGUACCCCAUCUGGAUUGGUCAUGUGGGUGACAGGCACUUAAUCUCUGGGGUUCUUAAUCUUUCAGACUCCUAGGAAGUCCCAUCUAGAGGUUGAAGGCCAGUGACACAGUCUAUCCCAUGAUGGGCUGGUAGGAAUCAAAUUAUAAUUCCUUUGAGUUUGUUGGGAGUUUCUAUUCAUUUCUUUUGGCGGGGGGGGGGGGUUGUUUAAGAAAAAAGAGAGGCAAUCAUGACCCUUCCAUGAGUUUGCCGAAUUUUGAGCAGUGUUUUUAACAGCAAAUCUUGGGAGUCUGAUCCAGUAAACACUCAUAAAAAUUUUUUUUUCACCUGUUUUGCAGGUGACUAAGUACAAAAGAAUAGAUUUCUUAAUUGCAUUCCGUAUAGUAAGUAGGUCCCUGAAUAUAGACAAUAGGAGUUGACAUACUUUCUCAAAAACCAAAUGGGAAGCUGGGUGUGGUGGCUCACGACUUUAAUCCCAGGCAGAGUUAGGAGAAUCGCCAUGAGUUCAAGGCCAUCCUGAGACUACAUAGUGAAUUCCAGGUCAGCCUGUGCUGGAGCAUAACUUGAAAAACCAAAAGCAACAACAAAAACAAUAACCACCACCACCACCAACAACAAAAAAAACCCAAAAAACUGGAAACCUAGUCUAGUAUUUGUAGAUCAGCAUACCAAGGAGAAAAGUGAACGUGAACUUCAUAUAUCUUGUCUACCAAACUUGACAUUAUAAAGUAACCUCAGUUGUGUGGAUAGGAUUUAUUUGAUUUCUCUUUACGCCUCACUCACUUUUCCGGUGCCAUCCCAACCCUUAAGGUCUCAGAGCAGAGGAUUAUCCAUGGUAAUAAACAGGGGUGCAUUGCAGUCACUGCAGUAACACAACAGGACCACAACCUGAACUGUCCCCAAAUCCACCUUCCAGGGUCAGUGAGACUGUUGGUGUUCUUAGGAGCUCCAGACCAAACCCCAGGCCAGCCCUUGCACCGAAGCCUUUAGAAGGCUUACCAAUCUGUUAGGAAUGUCUCAGGAAAGAUGAGUCAUUUCUUGGAGGAUAAAUGUAUUUACAGAGGGAGAUGUAUGAUUGCAUGUGUGUGUAUGCGUGUGCUCAUCCGUGUGCAUUUCACUUUCAGAGAGUGCAGGCUACUGGGAACCGUGUGUUCUUAGAGGCAAACAAAGUGAGCUUACAUGAGAGUCUCAGCAAGCCAGCUCUGAGAACGAACCCUAUUUAUCAAGCAGAGAAGAGUGACAGCAGAAAAGAUACAGAAAUGAAACCAAAAAUAAAACCGUCCAAUGGAAAGGAAUGUUGAUUCAGCGAUUCCCAUUGGAUAUAUUACAUGCGCUAAUUUAUUAUAUUUUGUUUGUUUUCUUUAAGUUGUGCCCAUUGUACUCUUCAAAAGAUGUUGGGGUGUUGGUUGCAUUUUUUUAAAACUAGAUAAUGUAUAAAUCAGCUGUGGAAAUCAGUUUUUAUUCAUGUGUGGAUGUGUCUAUUGUUAAAUGCCUUUUUUCUACUUUUUUUUUAAAAAAAAAAAGAUGUAAUGUUUCAUAAACCCUGGCACUGGUAAAAAAAAAAAAAAAAAGCGCAGCUGUGAAAAUGAAACUUGUAGUAUUUUUAAACAUGAAUGUCAGUUUCAGGUGUAUUUGAUACAGUCCCUCCAGGAGAGAGAUUUGGACACCAUUAGGAAAAACUUCUCUGCAGUGGAAGUAGCCUUCUUUGGAGAAAAUGAAAAAUGGGUCUGGUUAUGUUAUCUCAAGAGUGUCCAUUUCACAGGGCACCAUGAAAAACACAAAUGCGAUCUUUAAGCAUGCCUCUUUCCCAGUUUGGGGAGGGAAGGACUCCGUUCGCACUGUUUUGUAUGUCAAAUAAAAGGCCCUGCCUCUUGGCUACUUUUACCCGCUCA